CUCAAUACUUUAAUUGUUCAAACAACAUGUCGAACGGAAGUGUAUAUUAACAAAAAGAGAUUUUCUCUGAUGAAACAUAAUGUCAACACCGAUAAUAAAUACUAUUACCAAAGAGGAGACGUCAGACACGAUUGACAUUAGUGAUCUUGAAAAUUUUACAGAUGAUGAGUUACUAAAAACACUACAAAAGUUGGAACAAGACAAAGAACUGUUGGCACAGCAGCAAUUACUUAAAGAAAUAAAUAAACUUCAAAAUGAGAUAAAGAUCCAUGAAAAACAAAAGAAGAGAGUAUUAAGUAAGCAGUUUAAUAUCGUGAAUUAAAUGUAAAAACAAAAAAUAAUCAUAAAUAUGCUUUAUAUAUAAAAAUACUUUAAUAAACAGUAUCAUUCUUGAUACUGCUAUGAUUUUGAUAAGACACAAUGUGUAACGGUAUGUUUAAAAACAAAGAACUAUUAAAGCCGAAACAUUGGCAAUUUAAUUUUCGUAUAUAGCACAAUUACCUUUGUGAUAAGAAGCUUUGAAAAUUGAACAAAAAUAUCUCCUGAAAUUAUAAAAAUGAAACACGGUCUUUUUUUAAAUUUCUCCCGGUCACGGCACCAAAAGUCUAGGCGAUGAACCUAGAAGCGAGACAGAUUUAACAGACCAAGAACUAAUAGACGAUUUGACCAUCGAUGAAUUAUCUGAAAGAUUAGAGGAGUUAAAGAUACAAAGAGACGAUUUCUCAAAUAAAAAAUUGUUAGAAGAGAUAGAUGCUCUUCAGAAUGACAUACAACGACUUCAAAGUGACACAGAUUACAGAGAAACUAGAAUCAUAGCAAGAGAUGCAGUGGCAGUUUAUGCUUUAUCUCCAACUGAAAUAGAGGUACGAUGGGAUAGUUUACAGUUUGGCGAAGUCCAAUCUUACACAGUGUUCCACAAACCUGUUACGGGAGACGAUAAUGUGUAUGUGUCAAUACCGCUAGACGGAACUGUUGCUUCCUGUAUCAUAUCGGAACUCGAAGGAAAUACCACAUAUCACAUUAGGAUGGAAGCUGAAGGUUCAGACAAAUCAGAAAUUAAAACAGAUACUGUUGAAGUGACUACGUUCAAAUCAGUGUCGGGAUUUGUUCUUAUCUUGGCAAAUUACCAAGAUUUCCAGCUUAAAGCGUUGUCUAAUAUAGAAGGAACACUAGCACAUGUUGGUAAGUCCUUACUCUUAUAUAAUAUACAAUUGCAUAGUUACACAGGAUGGAAAAUAUACAGCAAUGAAAAAUAAUAAUAGGCAUUCGAAAUAUGCACAGCACAUGAAUUGCUUUCAUUACUUUCAAUAAUGAGUUGAUACCAAUACCAUAUAGGAUACUCCGCGAGCAAAUUUGAACUUGAGAUAUUUUACGAUCUCACAGAUUGAUAACCUGCCCCAUGUGAUAUGUUAAAUGUUUCUAUAUUUCGAAAUAUUUGCUCAAAAAAUAUUUUGUUGAUGCACAUCUUCAUAUUUAUCUUAUUCUUUAAUUCACCCGACGAGUUAUGCAUAGAAGAUCCAUUAACAGAUGGAUAGUUAGACAGAGAGUUUGUUUGAUGUACGCAAAACUUCCUAAAUAAGGUGAUGAGUGUGUAAAAAGUACAACAAUCCUAGUUUGAGAAAUAACCAUGAUACUUUAACAAUAUUUUUCCUUAUCUAAGCAGAGUCAUUGAAAUCAACCUUUGAAAAUUUACAUUUUGAAGUCAAGUUAGAGGAAAAUUUAACAGGGGUAAAAAUGAUCGAGUCGAUCCAAAGUCACAGACAAUGGUUGGACCAAAUUGGAAUAGACUGCUUUAUUCUGGUACUAGCCAGUUACAAAUACCAUGGCUACAUAUUUGGGAUUGAUGGAGGUGUACUAAUAAGCAGAUUUAUAGAUUGUUUAAAAUAUGAUAUUAACACUGACUCCACUGAUGCUCAGGGGAAACAAAGAAUUGUGUUGAUAGAUACUGCCAAAAUCAAGGAAGAAACAAUACAGGAACUAGAUGACUCAAACCAACCAAGAAAUGUCAAAGUUCGAUACAUCGAUUCAACUAGUGUUGAAUUUUCCUUUCAACCCCCAAAACUAUCAGAGUUACAAGUCAGUCGCUUCGUAGUUGCUUUAAAUGAUGGUGAAAAGACAAAAAUGAAGAAUGUAAAAGCAGAGCAUACAAAAGAAACCUACAUAUGCGAACUCAAUAAACUGAAAAGUAAUACAGAAUAUAAAUUUGAAGUGUUUACAGCUUAUCCAGAACACAAUGGCCAAGCAGUCAAUGGAAUAAUUAAAACUAGUAACAAAGAAUCUAAUUGUCCUGUGGCAUUUGGACUGGAGUUGAUAUCUCAGUCACAGAUCUAUGCCUUCUGGAAACCAUCUUCCACAGAUAACUCUGACAAUUUAUUUUAUCAUAUAUCCCACAAAUCAAUGUACCAAGAAGAAUUCGAAGGAACAACUGUAUCUUAUCCAUGUCAUGUAUUUGAUAAUUUGAAACAAAAUACUAUGUAUACGAUCAAAAUCUCUUCAGUAAAGAGGGACAAAAACAAUGUUGAAUAUAGUGACCCAGCUGAAGUGUCGAUAACAACACCUAAAGAUGGUACACCAAUAAUUAUGGCAGACUCGUCAACAACACAUAUUCUGGGUGAACCACAUUUUAUGAUAGCAACUGCCAAUGGUCCAUUUGUCUCUGAGGAGGCACCAUCGUUUCUUGGCUGUUUCGCAAAACAUCUACUCAAAAAGCAUAACAGGUUUGACAUAACGUCCAUAAUACAAGAUGUAAGAAAUGAGCUGGUUUAUACGUCAGAUAGAUAUGAAAUGCCGAUAUUAUCAUCGACACUGAACAAAACAUUAUUUCUUGGAGGUUCUCCAAAGAUGAAACCUGAUAAUGAUAAACAAGAUGAAGGAAACUAAGUUUUUAAGACAUAAUUAUAUGAUAGACCUUUUAUGGAAUUGUAUCUAGUUUACAAGUUCAUAUUUACUUUAAAAAAUAUCAGGUUUGAACCAUGAUUUUAUAUUCAUGUAUUGACUCCUGUAACCAAUAAAUAUUAUUAUCAGCAUAAUCUUCGAAACUAGAAGAUAAAAAUGACAUCGAAAAGGAAUGAAUUGAAUUGAAUUCUAUGUCAGUGAUUGUUAAAUUUUUCCUUUUUUAUUAUUAUUAUUUCCAUGACGAAGUUUAUUUGAGAAAUAAAGUUUGAAAAAUGUA